AGGAAACGUGCAUCACUGAGUGUUGAAAUGUUAAACCUAGAAUUCUGGAAGGGUCCUAGCUCAGCAAUCUCUCCCAGAGACAACUCCAGCAAACUGGAUUGAAUUACAGCUGAAUUGAAUGCACUUCUACAGCACCUUCCCUCAGGGAUCUAAACCAAUUUUCUCACCAUUGCUAAAUGCUGAACUUCCCCUGUACCCUCACAGACAUCCUCUGCAGCUGAGGCUCUGAAAUACUGGAGGACACUGCAUCUUCCUCAGGGACACGGGCAAGGGAGAGCUGGAGCCUCUGGGGGGCUCAGAAGGGAAUUGUGGUUGGUGGUCGCCUGAGGAACUUACCUUCACCCCAAUGUUGCUCUGAAAGGAGUCGUGUCCAACAGUCAGGUUUGGUAAGGAAAUCUGGUGCUGUGUUGAGGCAGUGCAGGUUGUGAUGUGGGAAUGUGUAAUCUCCUUCAUGGGAAGGAGCAGGCUUGUGUGGCAUGGGCAGCUUUAAGAGAAGGAGGCUGCACACCUGGAAAUGGAGCAUCACUUCACCUUUGGUUGCUAAAGAAAGCUGAUUCUCCUCUGCCUUGAGUAGUCAAUUUACAAAUUGAAUGUAAAACAGCACUGCCUGGAUCUUGCAUUCUGUGCUGCUGUGGGCACCCUUCAGGGAGAAAGGAAGAGAGCUGGAAGCCCUUGGGGCUGGUUGGGGCUUUGGAUCUGGAAGUCACAGGCCACUGGAGCAGAUGCCUCAGGAACAGUACCCGCAGCGGAGCACCAUGCAGACCUCGGAAGGACCCCAGGUAUACAAAGUGGGGAUUUAUGGCUGGAGGAAGAGGUGCCUCUAUUUCUUUGUGCUGCUCCUAAUGAUUUUAAUCCUGGUGAACCUUGCUAUGACCAUCUGGAUUCUGAAGGUUAUGAACUUCACAAUUGAUGGAAUGGGGAACCUGAGGAUCACAGAAAAGGGUCUGAAGCUUGAAGGAGAUUCAGAAUUCUUGAAACCUCUCUACGCCAAAGAAAUCCGAUCAAGACCAGGCAACCCACUGUACUUCCAGUCCGCCAGGAACGUGACCGUGAACAUCCUCAACGAGAAGACAAAAGUCCUCACUCGCCUUGUAACAGGUCCCCAAGCAGUGGAAGCACACAGCCAAAAAUUUGAGGUGAAAACCCUCUCUGGAAAAUUGCUGUUUUCUGCAGAUGACAACGAAGUGGUGGUUGGAGCAGAGAGAUUGAGAGUUCUAGGAGCAGAAGGCACAGUGUUCCCUAAAUCUAUAGAAACUCCCAAUGUCAGGGCAGACCCCUUCAAGGAACUAAGGCUGGAGUCGCCCACACGCGCGCUGGUGAUGGAGGCUCCCAAGGGCAUCGAGAUCAACGCCGAGGCCGGCAGCCUGAAGGCCACGUGCAGGACAGAGCUCAGGCUGGAAUCCAAAGAUGGAGAGAUAACGUUGAAUUCUGCAAAAAUCAAACUACCUAACUUGCCUCAAGGAUCUUCCUCUUCUGCAGGGUCCAGGCAAAAAAUCUACGAGCUCUGUGUGUGUCCCAACGGGCGGCUGUUCCUGUCUCAGGCAGGCAGCAGCUCCACCUGCCAGAUAAACACGAGCGUCUGCCUUUGAGAGACAGUUUGCAGAGGGGCAUCACAGGCAGCACAAAAGCCAGUUCUGGUCUCACAGAUCCAGCUGCCAACUAUUUUUACUAGAACACAGAAAGCCUAUCAAAGACUUUUUUUGUGUGUGCGCGCGCGUGUGUGUGAAUAUAUAUAUAAAAAAAUAUAUAUAAGAUAUAUAUAUAUAUCCUCUGUGUAAAAUGAUGUUUCAGUACAAGGAAUCCCAGGGUGACCCUGUUACAUUUGUGUAGCAUUUCUCUUUCCCACACCAAAAUUUACUGGUACAAUCUGCUGAAUUGGAUCUGAUGCUCCCCUGGACCCUUCUGUAUUAAGACAGUGCAAUGAUCACCCCUCGUUUUUGAUCAUGUUCUCAGAGCAAUGGGAUUGCUGGCUGGGCAAAACCCUGGAACCAAUGCAGACCCAGCACCAUCCAAAGGGAAGAGAAGCAUCUCUGAUUAUUUUUGUGCCAUUAAAUCGGUGGCAUGAAAAAGAAAUAAUUUCAAAAACAACAAAGCAGCCAGAUGUGCUGUGCUGAUCACCUACAGUGAUCCAAGAUACCUGAGGUUAAAUUACUCUUUAAUUAAAUUACCACCUGAAGCAUGGCUCCCUGUUGGGAGAGAGGGAUGCACUUGGCUAACAGGAAAGUCCAGACCUUGCUGAAAUAAUAAAUGUGAUUUUCUGAAGGGGUUCAACACUUUCCUGUGCAUGGCCAAGGAUGCCUUGUGCUAUUCAGGUGUGACACAUCAGGUCCAGCACUAACCUAAAAUCAUCUCUGUGCUGGCAAAACUGGUGUUGUACUUAGUUAUUGGAAAGGAACAAACUUGUGAAAGUUGGACUAAGUAGAAAAAUUCUGAACCUCUUUUGCCAACAGGUGUCCUGGAUCACCCUACAAACUCCCCAUUAACACCUUCAAUUAUGAACAUAUUGGGUGUGAAGGUGUGAAGAUUUAAGAUUCGGACAUUGCCUAAAUAUCUGCAGAAAGAGAGAAGAUCAGCUAGAAACUGAGAAAAUCAUAAAAUUAAGUAUAUAAUGUAGAUGCUACACCAGAAUUUUUGUCAUCUUUCUUUUCAAGAUACACAGUCCAAGGUCACUUAGAUUUGGUGGAAACUGCAAUUAUCAGAGAUGCUGAAAAUUAAAGGGUUUUUUUUAAGGAUUUAUAAAGAUUGUGACAAAGCCAGAUUACUGAAAGGAAGGGCUUUGGAUGCUGGUUCCUCUAGAAUUUGAGUCCCCAAAACUCUGUGGUUGAAUCUUAUCAUGGUUGCAGUUUUUCCUUAUUUUAAAGUCUAGGAGUCACAGGCAGGAUAAAACACAAAAAUCUGAUCUGGUAACAUUACUUCCACUUUUGAAGUUUUGGAAAAUAAUGAUAAGAGCCCAGAUCAUUGAAAUCUGACCCAUAAUUUCAUCCACAUGUAUGUAAAAAUCCUUUAAAAAACCAAAUAUACCAGUUAAGGCAAAAAUUUCCAAGUUACAAUAAAUCUCAAGAGGGCAGCAAGGUUUCUAAGCCACUGAGAUGCUUUUGAAAUAUUACCUCAUGUGCAAAUAAGACAGAUCUGUGCUCAUCUCUAGUGAUAUCUAACCAAAGCUGGUAUUCUUCAAGUGAUUUUCAAGAUAAAGCAUAGCUGACAGAAAUCUUUAGAAAUAAUUUAGUCAAUUCCCUUUUUUUACAGCUUUUCACAUAUUUUCUUGUGGUCUCAAGAGUACCAGGGUUUGAUUUUUUUUUUUAAUUUUUUCUUUUUAAAUUAACAAUUCUGGCUUAAUCCAAAACUGAUUGGACUCAGAGAAGAUUUCUGUGGAGUUUAGAUUAGAUGUGUUGCUGCCUGACAAAGCAGCACUCCCAAAAACAUUUAUUCCUGAAAGAGGAUUGAAUUCUUUCCUUUUAUUUCAAUAAUGCUUUCUGAUAAAUCAACGAAUUCAAACUAUUUGUUAAUGAAUGAUUCCUGUAAUUAUUAUGUUUUGAGUCAACAUUUGAAUGCAAAGGGUCACCCAGGGUAACAAUUGUAUUGGGACACAGGACUGUACCAUCUCUGUUCAAAGAGGGGAAUUGUGCCUAUGCCUUAAGUCAAUGCACUCAGCAAGGAGAAGCACAUCAUAUUUAUCUUGUUAUUAAAUCUAGUUUAUUUGGGGGGAGGGACAGGAGGGUGUCUUGGGAACUGGUUGUGCAACCUAAAACAGAUAUUGGUGAAAUACAUUAAGACUGUAGGGGCACCUAGAAUGAUACAGACUUUUUUUUUUUUUCUUACCAUGUUAAAUAUAGCAAAAUACUGUGUAUGUUACCUCUGGGACCAUGACUGAAGUCCCAUUCAUAGUCCUACAUUUACUGUAGAUUUUUUUUCCAUGUUUCAUUGAAUACUGAU